GGACGACGUGUGCGCGCACUUGACUACAUGUUCGUCCAGAUCACUGCCGAGUUGAGCGUGUCCUAACGCCACGAUGAUCGUCACACACAUCACAUCUCAGGUGUUUCAAGCAGCCAUUGUAGGAAUUUUUCUGACAUUGAACACCAUUAUACCAAUUAUAUUAUCAACACCGGAUGACAACUAUAGACUUGAAAAGACAUUUGAAAACAUCCGUUCAUCUAUCGAUUCAAAAGUUGCUGAAAAUGGUCAUUUCAAUUCAUUUUUAUCUCCAGAUCAAGCGAGAAAACCGAGUAUAGAUUUUUCUCAAUUACAGGAAGAUGUCGAUGAACAAAUGUCCGGUUUAGAUUUUAAUUUUGAUCAGUCCGCUUAUGACAAAUUCCAUUUGCCUCAAAAACAACCUGUACAACCCAAAUUUGUACUUAACUAUGAACCAUUAAGACCUUCAAAUUAUAUAUCAGUACCGUCUACACGUUAUUCAGAUUAUCCGUUUGGUAUACCAGAACAUCAAGAUGAUGGAAGUGACAGUGGAGAUGGUGAUGAUGGUGGAGAUGAUAUGGGUGGCGGUGGUGGUGGUGGCGGUGGUGGUGGUGGUGGUGGUGGGGGUAGUGGGGGUGGUGGUAAUGGUGGAGGGAGUGGAGGUGGUAGCGGAGGUGGUGGUGGCGGUAAUGGCGGAGGUGGUGGUGGAGGAAAUGGAGGAGGUAGUGGAGGAGGAAAUGGAGGUCUUGGAGAUGGUAAUGAUGGACGGUUUACUGAACAGCAAUCCUUUGAGCAAGAUUACGAUAAUUUUGAGCCUCACAGCGGUUGGAAACCUAUUCAUAAUAAAAUAAAAGGAUCAGAUGUAUUAGAUAAUCAAUUUAGAAUUAGGCCUUUGGCGAAAAAAGUUCCCGGUUACGGAACGAAUCGAUUACCAGUGACUUCUAAUAGUUACCAGAAACCAUAUAUACAACAAUCAGUUUACGUGGAAAUAGCAGAAAACCUUCAAGGUUAA